CCCCACUCCGCCGGCCGUCUGCUGAGCUGUCACCCACCGUAGCUCAAAACUCGUCACCUCCCCUCCACCCUCGAAGCUUCUCUUCCUAACCCAAAAAUCACUCUUUUUUACCUCUCAAACUCUUGCUCUCGAUUCGUUCGCUCUCUCAUUCUCUCUCGUUUACGCCGUGAUUCCUCGCAAGGAUGCCGGCGUGGUGGGGAAAGUUGAAAUCGAAAUCGAAAUCUACUUCGAGUCCAAGGAAGAAGGACGAGGCGGCGGCGGCGGCGGCGGCGGCGGUGGUGGAGGAGGAGAAGCAGGGGUUUCAAAGAGGAAGCAAGAAGGAGAAAGCUAACAGUUUCGAUGAGGUUCUUCUCUCCGGGAAGAACAGAGAUCCGUCGCCCAUCGGUGGUGCCCGUGGUCGUGGUCUGGGGAUUGGAUUGGCGCAUCCUCUCCCCCGCCCGUCGUCCAUCUCGUCACCGCUGCCGACGUUGCCCCACGACCAUGGGGUGGCGACGGCGACGGUGUCAGCGUCGGCGUCGGCGUCCAGUUCCAGCUCCUCCGGGUCUUCAGAGGAGACCCCGGAUCUGGGGCUCUACAGAUAUUCGGACCCAAUCAAUGAGCCAAGGGGCAGAAAUACAACAACUGAUUCACAGAGGCAUCAUCGUGGGACCAAAGACAGGCAUCUCUUCUCAUGCAGCCCAGUUUUGGAGCAUCCUAGACGCACUGAGUUCCCUGUUUCUCCGGGAAAAGAGUUUCAAAUACAUGGUUUUGAUGGUUCGUCUAAUGCACAUGCUUAUACUCAUUUCCAGACUCCCGGCGAGACUGUCUUCUGUACAAGAACGCCUGGUUCUUCCCCCAGCCGAAAAUGCCAUCCCUUGCCUACAUCCCCCCGACAUUGCAGCAUGUUCAGUUUAUGCCCGGGAUCACCAACUCAAAAGCAGGAUGACCUGAGAAGUCCACCUCAUCCAUUACCCCUUCCUCCAAGUUCUCCCAGCUCUUCCUCUACACGUUCUCAUCAGUCACAGUGGAAGAAGGGAAAGUUAUUGGGAAGGGGAACAUUUGGCCAUGUCUAUCUCGGAUUUAACAAUGAGAGUGGGCAGAUGUGUGCAAUUAAAGAGGUCAAAGUUAUUUCUGAUGACUCAAAUUCAAAAGAGUGCCUCAAGCAACUAAGCCAGGAAAUCACUUUGCUUAGUCAGCUCUCACAUCCAAAUAUUGUGCAGUACUACAGCAGUGAAAUGGCUGAAGAUACACUUUCAGUUUAUCUUGAGUAUGUAUCUGGUGGUUCUAUUCAUAAGUUGCUUCAGGACUAUGGUCCUUUCAGAGAACCUGUAAUUCGUAGUUAUACUGGACAGAUUCUUUCCGGGCUUGCCUACUUACAUGGGAGGAAUACUGUGCAUAGGGAUAUUAAAGGGGCAAACAUACUUGUCGGCCCUAAUGGUGAAAUCAAGCUUGCUGAUUUUGGCAUGGCCAAACAUAUGUCAUCUUACACUUCAAUACGUUCUUUCAAAGGAAGCCCUUACUGGAUGGCUCCUGAGGUUAUCAUGAAUGGCAACGGCUACAACCUUUCAGUGGACAUAUGGAGCCUUGGAUGUACAAUUCUUGAGAUGGCAACUUCAAAACCUCCUUGGAGCCAGUAUGAAGGGGUAGCUGCAAUAUUUAAAAUUGCGAAUAGCAAAGAUAUACCAGAAAUCGCAGAGCACCUUUCUUCUGAAGCAAAAAGUUUUCUAAAGCUAUGCUUGCAGCGUGACCCAUCAGCUCGUCCUACAGCAGCCCAACUGAUGGAUCACCCUUUUGUUCGAGAUCAACCAACCAUAAAAGCUGCAAAAUUCAAUAUGAUUAGUGACUUGUUGCCUUCUUCUUCUGAUGGAAGCCAUACUAAGAUCACCACAGGGUUUUCCUCCAAGAGAAGUAUUUCUCCACUACAUGUUAGAGACCAUGGGAUAAGACAUGCAACUGAAUGUCCCUCAGCAUUUUCUUCAGGAUAUGGAAAUCCAAGGUAUCAUCAUCUGAAUCCUUUAACUGAUAUAUCAAAUGCCUGCUUCUUCUUGGACUCACACGAAUUCUGUUCUUUUGAUCCAAUCAGCAUAAGAAUGAAUAUGUCUUUGCCUGUUUCGCCCUGUUCAAGUCCACUACGGCAAUUCAAACAGUGUAAUAGAAGUUGCUUGCCUUCUCCCCCUCAUCCAGCUUUUUCAGCUGAAGCGAUCAACUAUAGUCCAAUCAAUUAUGCACUCUAUCCAAUGAGGCCAAGCAACAAUUUCGUGGAUCCUUGGCCAGACGUUGCCCCACUGAAAGCUUCAGCGCCUUUUGACUCUCCAAGAAGACUAUAGGAGGAAUUUGUAAAAAAACAAACAGUCAAAAAAAAAAUCAUUGCAAUCAGGGUUUCUGCUGGUGGAAGAUCAGAACAAAAAUUGAAAGUUCAUCCAAAUUCAAGUGCAAUUGAAGAAUCUGAAAGGCAUAUUUGUGAGAUGGCUACAUAUGAAACUGAUCUUGCUGGGAUGGUGCAGGGGUGGUCUGAUUUUAUUGGUUCUGUUCAUAAAAUAUGUUGUACUUCAUGAUCAUUGUAAGUGUAAGAUCACAUACCCACAUUCUGUACAGAGUAAAGGUUGUUUCAGAAGAUAUAGAAGAAGUGAAAAGCCUUUUUUUUGUUUCAUUUACGGCAUCAUGGACUGUUUUAUCCCCUCUCUGAAGUAUCAGUGUUUCAUCAUCAGGAGCUUAAUGACAUUAAUUGAGUUCCCAAAUGUAAAUUGGUGAUUUAUUCCUGUAGAUUGAUGGAGCAGGAAUUUUCCAUUGCAAA